CAAGCGCCCACUUCAGCGGAGGGUGGUGGGCGGGGCCCGGCUGCAUGGCCCGCACCUUGAAGUUAGAAUGGCUUUUGGCUGUAAAUUUUGGAGGUACUGUAAAACUGUUGUCCCCAUUAUAUUCUCAUUUUCUGCAUUCUACUUCUACAUUACAAGGAGAGAUCAUCAUCAUAUCUCAUCUACUUCACCAAACUCUCUGGAACUCAAGCUACAACCAAACAAUCCAGAACUCAAGCCACAACCAACUGAGAGCCCUGGUUUGCCCUUACCUUUGUCUACAACAAGACACCCAUUGACACCCCCUUAUCCUUAUCCUUAUAAGUUCCUCCUGAAUCCACAAGAAAAAUGUCAGAAGCUGAAGCCCUUCCUUGUUUUACUUGUGAUCGGAGACAGUCAUGAUGCCAACACACGAUUAACCAUUCGGGAAACCUGGGGAAAUGAAAGUAACUACAGAGAUGUUGCUGUGGUCACUGUUUUCCUGGUUGGUUUCUUUUCUGAUAAUAUGGAGAGUAAUCAGAAACUGUUAGAAGAGGAAAUGAAGACCUAUGGGGACAUAGUACAGCAGGACUUUAUGGAUACCUAUUAUAAUCUGACUCUUAAAACCCUAAUGGGCAUGGAGUGGAUUUCUAAAUAUUGUCCUGGUGUCAGUUAUGUAAUGAAGAUCAACAGUGAUAUGUUUCUCAAUGUGGAAUAUCUUGUCCAACAACUGCUGCAACCAGGAUUACCAGUCCAUCAGAACUACAUUACAGGAUAUAUUAUAGCCAACUCAAGUCCUUUAAGGAGCAAGGAAUACAAGUGGUAUGUCCCCAAAGAAGUGUAUCCUAAUGACACCUAUCCCCCAUAUCCCGCUGGUCCUGGUUAUGUCUUCUCUGCUGAUAUGGCAAAAAAGAUUUAUGAUGUUGCUCAGACAAUUAGGGUUGUGCCAAUGGAGGAUGCCUUUGUGGGAAUGUGUUUGUAUGAACUGAAGAUCCCACUCACUGACCCACCUCCUAAUAUAUUUAAUGGGGACAGGAUAGAUUACGACCUCUGCCAGUUUAACAAGUUGAUCACAGUGCACCAUUAUGCGGGAGAUGAACUGCGGAGAGUAUGGACGGACUUCUGGACUCAGAGAUCAGGGUGCAAGGACUAAAGACUGAUAUAGUAUGGGGUCAGUGUUACAUCUAAGAAGCGACUUUGGAAAUAAUGUUCCACAUAUAAAUAAAAUGGGAAAUAUUUCAUGGAUGACCUUUAUCCAGUAUAUAGGACAAAAAAACAGGAUUUAUUAUCUGUUCUCAUUUAUUUACAUAGUGUGGACAUGUUUACCCAACAUUUCUCAGAAAUUACCAAUCAUUCACAUCAGUCCCUGCCCCAGUGGCACUUACAGUCUAAGGUCCCCAAUCAGACCGGGGUCAAUUUUAUUAGAAGUCAAUGAACCUGCCUGUACGUGACUGGAAGGAAACAGGAGGAAUCACACGUAGGGAGGGCUACAAACUCUGUGUAGAUGGCUCCCAGGUUGAAAUCAGACUCAAAAACUAAACAGUACAAGAUUGUGAUGCUAAACACAAAUCUACAGAGCCCAUGUAUUGGGUUUAAUUUUAUGGGUCAGACAUCACAAAAUAGUGUCUACGUAGAAUAUCUUCCCCCAUAAAAUAUAAUGUGCCGCCCUUAUGAGUAGUCAAGGACCACAGAUGAGACCCUUGUAAUCCUGGAUCUGGCUCAUUGCUGACAAAAACAUCAGUAGGUCCAAUUUCCUUUAUGUACCAUUGCAAUGGCUAAAACAUGAUACAAAUGACCCCUCCCCAUGAAAAAUACCCCCUUUGCUCCGUCGUUCCCUCUGACAAUCUGGUUUGUUUGGGUCUAUGAACCAAGAAACCUUUUCUGCUUUCUACAGUGGGAGCCUUAUAUCGCGAUCGAAGAGAUUGUAGACAUAUAGAACAUUAAUUAAUUGUUACUGGUGUUAAUAGUAUGAUUUCUUAUUAUUAAUUGUUAUUAUUACAUCAUUAUUCAAGUAUUACCUGUAUAAACCUGCAAACCUGAAGCGACAAAUAAAAUUCACAUUUACUGCACACAAUUGUGUGAAUCAGCAAUACCAACACACUGCAGAUCCUGAGAACUUCUUUAAGACAUAUAUUUGCACCAAUUCAACAAAGUUACAAAUCACCAUUUUUUAAACCCAUUAGAUAGAUGUUAACGUCGUAUAUAGUC